AAAUACACGUAAGCAUGUUCCCUUAUAGAUCACACUGACCCUGUUCGUUCGUUCAUUCAUUCGUGUAUCGAUCAGGAUUUGGAUUCCACCCAAUCCUCUCCCUCCAUCACCAAACUUGGCCGCCAAACGGAGGAUAACAGGGUUCAUGGCUGAUCGGAGUUUGGCCGUUGUGAAACCGGUAUGGAUGAAACAAGCGGAGGAAGCGAAGAUUAAGAGCGAGGCUGAGAAAGAUGCGGCAGCUAAAGCCGCUUUUGAAGCCACUUUUAAGGGUUUGGUGAAAAGUCAUGAGAAGAGGGCUGCUAAUUCGGAUAGUGAUUCGGAUGAAUAUGAGGACUUGUCUCAUAAGCCCAUUGGGCCUGUUGAUCCUUCGAAGUGCACUGCUGCUGGCACUGGAAUUGCAGGAGGAACUGCCUGUGCGGCUUCUUCGUUCUCUGUGGUGACUAAGGAUGCUGACGAGAGGAAGGUUUCGACUGGGGGUGCUCAAAUUAAGGUGAAAGUGACGCCAGGUUUGGGUGUUGGAGGGUCUGAUCAAGAAGGGAUUGUGAAGGAUAUGGGUGAUGGGACUUAUACGGUUACUUAUGUGGUGCCUAAGAGAGGGAAUUAUAUGGUCAAUGUUGAAUGUAAUGGCAGGCCAAUCAAUGGCAGUCCCUUCCCUGUGUUUUUCAGUGCAGGUAAUAGUAAUGGAGGACUGCUGGGUUUAGCUCCUGCAUCUUCCUAUCCAAAUAUGAUUAAUCAAACUAUGCCCAACAUGCCAAAUUACUCUGGCUCUGUCUCAGGGGCAUUCCCAGGAUUGUUGGGAAUGAUUCCAGGAAUUAUUGCUGGAACUUCUGGGGGUGCUAUUUUGCCAGGAAUUGGAGCCACACUUGGGGAAGUUUGUCGCGAUUACUUGAAUGGGCGCUGUGCAAAAGUUGAUUGUAAUUUGAAUCACCCACCUCAUAAUUUGCUCAUGACUGCCUUAGCUGCCACAACUUCAAUGGGAUCACUUAGCCAGGCUCCUAUGGCACCUUCUGCUGCUGCAAUGGCUGCCGCUCAGGCAAUAGUUGCUGCCCAAGCCCUUCAAGCUCAUGCAGCUCAGGUGCAAGCUCAGUCAGCAAAAGAUUCCGCUGGUUCACCUGACCAAGCCAAUAAGGAGGAUGUGUUGAAGAAAACUCUUCAAGUUAGCAAUCUUAGCCCACUUCUCACUGCGGAACAGCUAAAACAACUCUUUGGUUUCUGUGGCACUGUUGUUGAAUGUACAAUCACCGAGUCAAAGCAUUUUGCUUAUAUAGAAUACUCAAAACCUGAAGAAGCAACUGCUGCUAUGGCAUUGAACAACAUUGAUGUUGGGGGGCGUCCUUUGAAUGUUGAAAUGGCUAAAUCACUUCCGCCGAAACCAACCGUGAAUUCUUCACAUGCUUCAUCCUCUCUUCCUUUGAUGAUGCAGCAAGCUGUUGCCAUGCAACAGAUGCAAUUCCAGCAAGCACUGAUUAUGCAGCAAACAAUGACUGCACAGCAGGCUGCUAACCGAGCUGCAACCAUGAAAUCUGCCACAGAUUUAGCAGCAGCACGAGCUUUAGAAAUAAGUAAGAAAUUGAAUCCUGAUGGACUUGAAAAUGAAGAAAAAGAGCUGAAACAGAAAUCCAGAUCACCUUCUCCCGCUCCUGAAAGAGCACGAUCAAAGUCAAGAUCUCCUAUCAAUUACAGGAGAAGGAGGAAGUCUCGUUCAUACUCACCUGCCCGCCAUUCUAAGGUUCAUCGGUCCAGGUCACCAUUGAGGUUCCAUCAUCAUCCAAGGUAUGAAAGGGACUGGAGGUCGUAUAGAGACAACAGGGAACAUAGUGAUAGGUUCAGACGACGGGAUUCAGAUAGAUUUCUUGAUAAUCAUUCAUCUGGUUCGAGAAGAAACAGAAGUAGGAGUGUGAGCCCUCAUUCAAGGAGAUCUCCUGUUUCUCCAAAACGUCACGGAGGAAGUUCAUCUCAUAGAGGAAGGAAACAGUCUCGUGCUGAUUCUGGUUCUCCAAGUAAUCGCAGAGGAAGUAGGUCUUCUCCAAAGAUUGAUGAGAAAAAAUUAAGAAACAGAAGGCGCUCGAGGUCAAGAUCUUCAGAUGAUAAGCUUAACUUCUCAGACAAAAAUGAAGAAGUCAUACCUGAAAAAUCCAAGCAUAGAGAGCGAAGGCGGUCCAGGUCAGUAUCUGUGGAUGAGAAACCUCACAGGAGCCGAUCUUCCCCAAGAAAGGUGGCUGAAAGCAGACCCAUGCACAAGAAUCGGUCCAGGUCAAAAUCUGUGGACGAUGAUAAGCAUCACUUGUCUGACAAACUGGAUGAAAACAAAAAUAGGAGGUCCGUAUCUUCAGAUGAUAAGCUUAACUCCUUUGACAAAAACGAAGAAGUCAUACCUGAAAAAUCCAAACAUCGAGAGCGAAGGCGGUCCAGGUCCAUAUCUGUGGGCGAGAAGCCUCAGAGGAGGCGAUCAUCCCCUAGAAAAGUGGAUGAAAGCAGAUCCAGGCACAGGAAGCGGUCUAGGUCAAAAUCUGUGGAUGAUAAGCGUCGCUUGUCUGGGAAAUUGGAUGAGAACAGAAGUAGAAGAUCAAGGCAUAGUGAUAAAAGACGCUCCAGAUCAAGAUCUUUGGAAAAUAGGGAUCGGACUGAUGUCAGAGAGGAUGGAAGCAAACAUGAAAAGUCAAAACAUCAUGAUAAAAAAGGUAACAGGUCAGAGUCUGAUGAAGGGAAGCAUCAUUCUAAAGGUAAAUCUGGUGAAAAUAGAGAUAAGAAGUCAAAGCAUCGUGAUAGAAGGCGUUCCAGGUCAAUAUCAUCAGAAGGUAAGCAUGACAAAGGAGGCACUUCGUCACAUAGAGAUGAGAAUGAUUUUGAACACAAAAGAUUCAGGUCAAAGUCUCCUAAUGCCAAACAUCACUGCGGUGAUGAUUAUGAAAAUAAAGAUGAAAGAUCAGAGCACCAAGAGAAAACCUUGUCUAAAUCAAAAUCAGAAAAUCGUCAGCAAUAUGAUGGGAGUGGUUCUUCCCCUAAAAAUUUCAAGCAGUACGAAUCAAAAGGGAAAACAAAAUUUGAUUCUGGAUCUGCAGACGUUAAGCACCAUUUGAAUGAUGUAGAAAAUGGUACCGGUGAUGAAAAUUCAAAACAUCUUGACAAGGCCACACAUGAACCAAUUUUGCAUGUGAAGGACUUAACAAGCCUGAAUGGUAAUGGAAUGUUGAUUUCUGAGAAUGAGAACACAAAGUUAGAUGGGUGGACUGAAAAUGCUGGAGCUGAUGAUAACCCAGGGUGGAAAUGUGUAGAAGAAGCGGGAAGUGGGAAAUGCUAAGCAAGCUCGCCUAGGAGUGGUGGAUCUCAAUGAUUUCAAACUUUCUACCUGGCUUUAGACAAUGCUAACAAUAUAGCUAUAAGUAUAGAUUUCUGUUAUUUCAUCUCAAAUGUGGAGUACUUGAAACAAGAGGAUAAUCCACGUUCUUUGCUUUUAAAUGCUGAUCAGGGAAGCUGUGUUACCGGAAGCUGAUAUGAUUUAUCUUCACCAGAGCAUAAUCUUAUGAGAAAAAGCACUGCACUCGUCAUGGUUUUGUCUAUGGUUGAAGAUUUAUGCACAUGUUUAUGAUUAUCGGAUAAUAGCAUAUUCUUAUUAAGGAUGCAACAGAUAGACUAUACCUCUUAGGAGAACUUCUAUUCUCAGAUGAUGCUUCCAGUAUUUGAUUGGGUCCCAAGAAUAUUCUCUGUUGGCUUAUGAACUUCUUCGAUUGUUUACUUCUUUUUGCAGGUUGGGUUGGAAAAGAUCAGAUGUAGAAUCCCACAGCUGUUGGUGUGAUUUAAGGUUUCAAGAAAUGACCUACUUUUGUCAUGAUCAACCAUGCAGCACUAUAUCAUGCUUCUUUUACUGGUUGAUUAAAUGUUAUAUUCACAUUGAAAUCCAUUGGAGCUUUGAGAUACAGUUUUGCCGGGUUGAUUUUCUCUUUAUAAAUUAAGCCAUUAUCAUGGUUAGGUAAAGCUUCUAUAUGUCAACUGAACCUGGAUGUUGCUGCAAUGAGUUACAUCAUGUAGCAUUUGAGCACUUGGCUGACUUACAGCAUAUUCUUUAAGUAAAUGCUGAAAUGCAAUUGAUUUCAACAGGUAAUUCUCCGUGAAACUAUUGGGUUGUUCCGCUAUAUGUGUAGGAUCUUCAGUAACAUUUGCAUGUAUAGUUGCCACCUUUAAAAUGAACAUAAUCUCUUUAGUCUUGUAGUGCUUCAUUUAGUUUUUUUGUUUUCAUAUUUCAUAGUGAUGUUUCCAUAUUUCACUCUGCAAUUGCAAUUCUAUGCACUCUGACUGAUUUUCUCUGUCUUAUGUGUUGUGAGUUUUUCUUGUGUUAAUGAUAUGAUUGUGGUUUGAAGUAUAAAGUUGUUAACAAUAAUUUUAGCUCUUCUAACGUGAGCAAUUUGCUUUAGAGGAUAAAGUAAGGGAUCUCAUUUUCAACCAUAAAUUAAUAAAUCAACUGUUGAUAUUUUGUAUAUGCACAGCAAAUCAUGAUUGUGUUAAAAUAUCAAUGGUUGAUAUUUUCCUCAUUAAUGGUCGACCUGUAUUACUUUAUCCUCUAAAUCCAAAACUCACUUUAGAGGAGCCUGGCAAAGUUCGAUGAUGAGAGAGAUACUUGAUAGCUCUAGAAUUUUUCCUAACUCGAGGACACAAGACAUUAUGUUAGUGACUGUGAAUCACAUAUGAAGGCUUACCCAUUUUCUUUUUCUUUCUCAUUCUCUUCCCACCCUCUUCUUUCCCCGAUUUAUCUUUUUUCUGGUUAGGUUAUGCAUUGGAUAUGAUGAUCUUAUUAGCAGCUGCGGAAUCUCUUUCACCAGAUGAUUCUGUGAAGUUUGUUCUCAAGUUUUUUUGUGUUAUGUUUUUCCUUAUUUUUUUAGGGUCACUUGUCCUUGUAUAAUCAAUUUUUUCUCCACCAACUGGUCUGGUCACUGACCGCAGCCUUAUAAGUUGGAGUUUAUAUUAGGGAAUUAGGUCUUGCCGAAAUGUGUUUGUUCUGCAUAGUUAUAAGUAAAGAAAAGG